AUGUCCGCGCCCACCAUCCUCGAACCCCAAGAUCCCACUCGAGACGCCGCCUUCAAGCAAGCUCUCCACGGUCAAACCGGGCAAACCGACCGUUCAUUCCUAAACCCAAUCUACAAAGACAAACACACGCUAAAACUAGCCGUAAAUGAAUAUUGCAAGCAUUGGGAUAACAAAGUUGCCGAGGAUGAAACUGCACUGGAUCGCGAUGCAAGACGCAAGGAUUAUGCGACGCUGACUCGGCAUUACUAUGAUCUCGCGACUGAUCUGUAUGAAUAUGGAUGGUCCCAAAGUUUCCACUCCUGCCGCUUCACUCCAGGGGAGCCCCUAAAACAAGCCCGCGCCCGACACGAACACUAUCUCGCUCUAAAAAUGGGUCUCCAACCCAACCAACUCAUUCUCGACGUCGGGUGCGGGGUCGGGGGGACCGCGCAGGAAAUCGCCAAAUUCACCGGCUGCAACAUCGUAGGCUUGAAUAAUAAUGAUUACCAAAUCGAGUGA